AAUAUUACAGUGAAAUAGAAAGUGUGUUCUCAUAUUCACCAUUAUAUUACAACACAACAUUAUAAACAACAUUCAGCCUGUUACAACUUUCUGUUCUAUAGAACUCUUCCUUUUCUGAUUGUCUGCAUGCAUCCAACAUCUUCACAUUGAUCAGUAAGCCCACCAGUCCAAAUAUAGCUACAUUACUGUUUUCUUUCUCUUCUAUAGAAUGCCUCAUUUUCAGUUUUACUCAUUUCUGCAUGCAUCCUCCAACAUGCUCAUAUUCAUCAAUCUCCACGAUGCUUCAUGUGAAGGUUCGUCAGUCUGGUGCCUUCACUGUCGUCUUCCUCGCCCUGAUACACUCAUGUGGUUCUCAGGUGAUUGGUCAAUCUCAGCCAAUAGUUGGAACAGUUGAUGAUGACAUCAUUCUACCAUGCCACCUGGAGCCUGCAGUGGAUGUCUAUAAUAUGACUGUGGAGUGGACGAGACCAGACCUGGACCCCAGAUUAGUUCAUAUGAGGCGCGAUGGUUUAGAACUGAAGAGUGAAAAACAUCCGUCCUACAGAGGAAGAACGUCUCUGUUCACUGAUGAACUGAAGCACGGAAACAUUUCACUGAAACUCUCCGAAGUGAAAGUGUCUGAUGAAGGAGUGUACAGAUGUUUCAUCCCAGAACUGGGAACAGAAUCAAUUGUUCACCUUGUUGUUGGUGCUGCUUCCUCACCUUUUGGCUGGAUCUUAUACCUCAGCAGUGGAGUGAUGAUAGGCUGCUGGUCUCAUGACUGGUAUCCAGAGCCUGAGGUGUUGUGGCUGGACGGUGAGGGAAAGCUCCUCUCUGCUGGACCUACAGAGACAUUCAGAGGUCUUGAUGACCUCUAUACUGUCAGCAGCAGAGUGACUGUGGAGGAGAGACACAGCAACAACGUCACCUGUAGAGUGAAGAACACCUACCACACCAGAGAGACACAAACCUAUAAGGAGGUCACCGCAGCAGCUCACACCUCAUCAACUUCAUAUUCUCCGCUCAUGCUUUCGCUGUUUGUUUGCCUGCCGGUCUUGUUUAUUUUGCAGCUGCCUUCGUCAUGUUGAAAUUCAGACAAGAAAAGUUCAAAAACCAAGCUGACCAGACCGAGGGAGACUCAUCCAGAAGUGAUCACAAAGGACUUCAGGAACAACUAGUUCUAACUUGGAUAUUAGGAAUAACAGUAUUUAAAGAUCAUGGCAAGCUGAUGACUCCAGUAAAAGCUCUACAGGCAGGAACGGCAGAAUUUGGCAGCAUUGAUAGAUAUUUGAAUUUUUAACACUGAUCAGGAGGUAGAGAAGGAAAAGAAAGUUCUGGACUGAUUAACUUCGGUGCGUCACAUUUUUAUGCAGCCAGCGUAACAUCUUCAACUCAGAAUUUACGUUAAUUCAUUUUUGCUUUUUGAGCUAAUUUCUUUUACCUAACCAUGCAGUUUUUAUUAUUAAACCAACCCUAUAGAAGUGGUAUUGUAGCCUUAACUGAACAAACCUGUGGCCUUUUCACAACAGGGAUCAUUACGUCUAAUGAUGAGGACGUGUUGAUCACACGACAGAGCAUUAUUUUCUAAAGUUUAUUAUUAUCAUUAUUUUCUAAAACGUUCCUGUAGUUCCACCUGAUUAACUGUUUAUACUAGGUUAAUCAGUUUGAACAUUAAUAUCUUGUCUUUGAACUGUAACGCAGAUCAUUAUAUCCUUUUUUUUAUAGACAAUUUUUAAUACAUUAAAACUUUAAAUAAUAACAUUUAAUCUUUGAAAAACUUUAUAAUGACCUCUCCAGACAGAGUAGAAAAUGUCUACUUUUUUUUCAGAAAAAACUAUAAAUCUUAUUAUCUUCCGUUUUACAGUAAAGUGCAUCUAUUGUUAAUUAUAUUCAUAAAGAAACAUAAAAACAAACUAUAUUGCCUAGCUGCAGAAAGGGUUUAUGUUGAUAUUUUCAGUGUUCUUAGGAAAGUUAUCAGGACUCUUAUGGCUUCCGUCUUGCAUGUGAAAAGUGAUGAAUCAUUGGUAGUAAAUAGAAAAGCUGGAGUGCAAAUUAAUGACAGAAUCAGGAUGGUUUCCUUCAUAUGACUGCAAGUAAUGCUGCGUUCAUGUGGUGUGGGAAUAAUCAAAGAAAUGUUGCCGUCUGUGUAGACAGGUGUCACUGACGUAUCAUUAUGGAUCCACUGUAGUUCAGAAGAAAACCCACUUGUGACGCUAUGAUUGUAAAUUAAACCACAUAACUGUAUAUUUAGUGGUUAAAAUAUUCCCUGGCUUGAGAAAAUAUACUGCUGCUUACAUAAUAGCAUAGAUACAAAUAAUCUAAUAAUAUAUUUUUGAUACUUUGAGUACAUUUUGAUGCUGAUACUUUUGUACUUUUACUUUUGAAUGCAUGCCUUUUACUAGUGGAGUAAUUUCACAGUGUGGUAUUAGUACUUUUACUGCAGUAAGGGAUGUGAAUACUUUUUGAACCAUUGGUGAUGAGCAACAAAACUGCUUGUAUUGUUUUUGAACUAAUCUGUAUUGUUUCUUAUCUUUGAGUGUUUUUUUAUAUCAGUUUGGGCGGAUUAUGAGCACCUAUUGGUCUGAAAACAUCAAACCAAUCUGGCAACACUGAUCAUGUGACUGAGUGUUGAUGGAGGCUGAUUUGUUCUACUUUUUAUAUUGUGCUGCCAUCUUUGGGACACCGUUUAACAAGACUCUAUAUCAGUAUGACAACUGUGAACUCUGAAUAAGGAGGCUCUUGUAUUUGUAUAUUCAACAAAAAUGUUGUACUGCAGCUGCCAAGUGAUCAUAUUAAGGUUUUCAAUAAAGUUUGAUUAAAAGUCUG